AUGGCUUCCCUGAUUCCUGCAAGUGGUUCCUCUUACACUUACAUCUAUACAGUAAUGGGGGAAUUUAGUGCGUGGCUGGUUGGUUGGAAUCUCUGUCUCGAGUAUAUGGGUGCAGCUUCAGCCGUUGGUGUUUCAUGGGCGGACUAUGUCGGAACAUUUAUUGAGUUAGUUUCUUCGACAAGCAUUGAUCAUCGUCUGCUUUCAGCUCCAAUCAGCUGGAAUGUUACCGCUCAAAAUUUUUAUGUUACAGGCAGUUGGAUAUGUUUACCAGCUGUUAUCAUCAUUCUCUUUCUUACAGCUAUCAUUGUUUAUGAUGUCGGUGCUUUAUCUCUCCUCAACAGUAUUAUUGUCAUUCUGAAAAUUGGCGUUCUGCUAAUAUUUAUUUGUGUUUGUAUCAAAUAUAUUGAUCCGAAAAAUUAUCAUCCAUUCUUACCGAAAAGUGAAGGUGGAAACACCUAUGGCAUCAAUGGAUUGCUUCGUGCUACUAUAGUCAGUUUCUUUGCAUUUAUUGGAUUCGAUGAGAUAACAACAGCUGCUCAGGAAGCUACCACAAAGGCAGCAAAACGUUUACCACUAAGUAUUUUAACUUCACUGGGCAUAGCGACAACUCUUUAUCUGGGAAUCGCCUCGGUAAUGCUUGGCGUAGUUAACUACAAAGAUCUGAAAGUAACAAAUCCGAUAGGACAAGUAUGCAAAGUUAUAGGUUUGAAAUGGCUAGAAAUUUUAGUUCAUCUUGGUGCGAUUUUGGGGUUGACAUCAGUGAUACUAGUCACUCUCUAUGGACAAUCGAGAAUUUUCUACUCAAUGUCGAAAGAUGGAUUGCUGCCAUCCGUCUUCAGCAAAAUAAAAGUAUGGAAGAAAAAAAAAUCAGCGGAGAAUAAUAUUAUUUCUUCGUCUACAACAACAACAAGCACGACUAGAAUCAACACUAUCAGCGCCACGGUUGAGCAAACAAUAACAACCACUGGUAAUAUUCACGAGACAAAUAAACUAGCUGGCUCACCAUUGUGGGCUAGUAUUGUAAUAGGUUGGUAG